UAAUAAAAAAUAUUAAAAAAUAAUUAGAAAAUAUUAAAAUUAUGGAGUCAUUUCUUAGAAACCGUAUAAAAAAAGGACAAAUAAUUGAAGAAAAAGAGGAAAAACAUGAAAUUAAAGAGAAAAAAUUUUAUAAAAAGUUUUUUACAUAUAAAUCUAUCUUUAUUAUUAUUAUUAUAUUAAGUCUUUUAACACGAUUUUAUAACAUUAAUCAUCCUUCAGAAGUAGUUUUUGAUGAGGUUCAUUUUGGAAAGUUUAUGUCAAUGUAUCUUAGGCGAACAUACUUUUUUGAUGUGCAUCCUCCAUUUUCUAAGCUUUUAUUUGCAUUUUUUGGAUGGUUAAUUGGAUAUGAUGGCCAUUUUUUUUUUGAAAGUAUUGGGGAUUCAUAUAUUAAGAAUAGUGUUCCUUAUAUGUAUAUUCGCUUUGUUCCAGCAUUUUUUGGGGCUAUGGUAGUUCCAUUGGUGUUUUUGAUUAUGAUGCAUUCAGGACAUAGCCUUCUUUCAUCAACAUUAGCAGCAUUUCUUGUUCUUUUUGAUAAUGCUCAAGUGACUCAAUCUAGACUUAUUUUGUUAGAUUCUAUUUUAAUAUUUUUAAUGACGUCUACAUUAUAUUGUUAUAUUCGUUUUUGCAAUAUAAGAUAUCUGGAAUUUUCAUUUGUUUGGUGGAAAUGGCUUUUAUUAACUGGUUUAUCUUUAUCAUGUACAAUUAGUACAAAAUAUGUUGGAUUAUUUACAUAUAUAACUAUUGGUACAAUGGUUGCUAUAGAUUUAUGGGACCUUUUAGAUAUUCGUAAAGGAUAUACUUUGAAUUAUUUUGCUAAACAUUUUAUUGCCAGAGCUAUAUCUCUUAUAAUAUUCCCAUUUAUUCUAUAUUUACUUUGGUUUUAUAUUCAUUUUACUGUUCUUUCUAAGACAGGGCCAGGUGAUAGAUUUAUGACUCCAUCUUUUCAAGAAACUCUAGAUGGUAAUACUCUUUCUUCUAGCUCAAUUGAGGUUAAUUAUUAUGAUAAAAUUCUUAUAAAACAUAAAGAGACAAAUGCUUUUCUUCAUUCACAUACAGCUAGAUAUCCUUUACGAUAUACUGAUGGUCGUGUAUCAUCUCAAGGUCAACAAGUAACUGCAUAUAUCUAUAAUGAUACAAAUAAUUACUGGAUUAUUGAACCAGAUCAUUUAUUUAAUAAUAGAACAUUAGGAAAGCAUGUAUUAAACAAUGAUUAUAUUAGAUUAAAACAUGUUUCAACAAAUACAUAUCUAUUAACUCAUGAUGUGGCAUCUCCUCGGAAUCCAGCUAAUCAAGAGUUCACCACUAUAUCAAAUGAAUUGAAAAAUCGUUAUAAUGAAACUGUAUUUCAAAUUAAAUGUGAACAUGAUAAAAACAAUUCUGUUCUUAAAACAAAAGGAAAAAGAUUCAAAUUAAUUCAUAAAUUAACAGGUGUAGCAAUGUGGUCUAAUAAAAAUUCUUUACCUGAUUGGGCUUUUAAACAACAAGAGGUUAAUGGCAAUAAAAAUAUAAAACAAGAGAAUAAUGUUUGGCUUAUUGAUGAAGUUAUUGACAUGAAUGAUACUAGCCGUGAAAUCAAAAAUUAUACACUUAGAAGUCUUCCAUUUCAUAAAAAAUAUGUAGAAUUACAAUUGUCUAUGUUUCGGCAUAAUAAUUUGUUAACUAAAUCUCAUCCUUAUUCAUCAUAUCCUAUGGAAUGGCCAAUAUUAAACAGGGGAAUUAGUUUUUGGACUAAGGAAUCUGAAUCGCAACAAAUAUACUUAUUGGGAAACCCAUUUGGAUGGUGGUUUAUAUUUAUAUUUAUUGUUGUUUUUGUUAUUAUUAUAAUUUCAGAUCAAAUUUUAUUGCGAAGAGGUUUAAGCUUAAUUAAAGAAUCUCGCGAAUUAUUCUAUAAUUAUACCACAUUUUUCUUUUUCUCUUGGAUAUUACAUUAUCUUCCAUUUUAUUUAAUGGGUCGGCAACUCUUUUUACAUCAUUAUCUUCCUGCGCAUAUCUGUUCUGCACUUUUAUCUGGAUCUCUAUUCCAAUUAUUGUUUGAAAAAAAUAGUAAAUCAUUGCUUUCUUCCUAUUUUUUAAAAAAAAAUAAAGAUAAAGAAAAUAUAGGAAAAGAGAAAGUAGUUAAUAUGCAAAAAAAGGCUAAUAUUAUGUUUACGAUAUUAACAUGUUUUCUUUUAGGAUGUUUUAUUUAUUUUUCUCCACUUACAUAUGGCAAACCAGGAUUAACUUCUGAUGAACUAUAUAAAAGGAAGUGGUCUUCCAACUGGGUAUUUUAAUUUUAGGAUCCAUGAAUAUUUUCUAACACAAAUUUGCAGGA